UGCAUAAUAAAAGUGCCCAUUUAUAUCCAUGUUAAAUUGGGAAUGCCAAUACUCACAAGUUUCCUUCCAUCUAGAUCUAUUUCAAUGAACAUUUUUAACUUUUGUCAAGAGUGGCAGCUGGUCACAGACUUUAUUUAUAGAUUUUAGUUAUCUUUUUCUUGUUCAUUUUAUUCCGUUGUCCAUUUCCAGUGGCUUCUGUUAUUAGCCUUGCAGGUUUUCUAGCCAACUCUUCUAACUAAAUUACCUUAAUCUUUUUUUGUCAAAGAUGCUUUGUGAACGAAUACUUUAACCCUGUUGUUGAUUACAGGGUUACCUAGAUCCUGAAUAUUACAUGACACAACAAUUGACCGACAAGAGUGAUGUAUACAGCUUUGGUGUGGUGAUGCUAGAACUAGUAUCCGCAAAGCAACCAAUCGAGAAGGGAAAAUACAUUGUUCGGGAGGUGAGAAUGGCAAUCAAAAAGAAUGACCACGAGCAUUAUGGAUUGAAGGAGUUGGUGGAUCCAGCCAUUAGAAACAUGGGAAACCUUACAGGUUUCAUCAGGUUUGUGGAUUUGGCCAUGCAGUGUGUGGAAGAAUCAGCUUCAGACCGCCCAACGAUGAGUGAAGUGGUGAAGUCACUCGAAAUCAUCCUGCAGAAUGAUGGUUUAAAUACAAACUCAACAUCUGCAUCCUCAUCUGCCACAGACUUUAACUCUACGAAAGGCGCUCCUAGACACCCUUACAACGAUCCCUUGCCUUGAAAGGAUGCCUCUGAAAUCAUCCCUUGCCUCGCAGCCGCCAUUAUCGUACCCGAACCCCAAGGUUCGAGAGCGUCAGUUUCCCUAAGUCCCUGAGUUCGGGAUGCUUCCAAAGCCCCUGAACCCUAGGGUUUGGGAGCGUCUGAAUGGACCGAAACC